GUUUCGCUACGCUGCGGCUCGACCUUGUCCACCAACUUCUAGCGCGUGCACCUCGCCUGGCUGUUUUCCUGGUCAGCGCACGUCCUAGAUGUUUUACAACACUAUCAACAAGGGCAAGCGCCCUUUCCUCGCCGCCCAUCGCGUUCUUUACUCUACCACAUCCAAAGCGGCCAACUCGUCCUCAUCCCUUCUGUCGCGUGUCUUUGUCAAGCACAGGAUCAGUCUAUCUGGCACAGUACGGUCGAUCAAGAGGGGUAGUUUCAGACGCUCGUUCUCCGUAAGGAAUGGGAUACCGCCAGAGACAAACCCGCCCUUGCCGGACGCAAAGCUUCCCUUGUAUAGGAAGCUAGUCACUGCUUGGACGGACACCCCUACGAAAUGGUACCCUCUCCCAAUCGCUGUUGGUGCGCUUUUGCUAGUCGCUAUUCAGUACCGGAAGAAGGCUGCGCGCGCGGAGAAGGAGGUCAUGGUUGAUGAGGACGGCAAUGAAGUCAUUAAGCUCAAGGGCCCUUGGCAGGUACACGUCAUUGGCGCUCUGCCGUUGCGGAACAUGUCUCGGCUAUGGGGAUACCUCAACUCGUUGGAACUCCCCGUCUGGUUUCGUCCAUAUGGUUUCCGGCUCUACGCUUUCGCAUUUGGUUGCAACCUCGAAGAGAUAGAGAUAGAGGACCUCACACGGUACCGCAGUCUUGGCGAUUUCUUCUACCGGAAGCUCAAGGCAGGCGCUCGGCCAGUGGACAAUGCUGUCAUCGUAAGCCCAGCGGACGGAACGAUUCUUCACUUUGGCACAAUCGAGAACCUGCGUGUCGAGCAAGUCAAGGGCAUCACCUACUCCCUAGACGCCCUCCUGGGUGUCGAGCACGCCGACCCGCAGUCCCCGCAGUCCCCUUCUUCCACCGUCGUCGAGUUCCCGAACGACGAGCUCUCUGCCGUCGCACAUCAGGAGUUCGCCAACGUCAACGGCAUCGAGUACUCCCUCGACCAGCUCCUCGGCACGUCCCAGUCUUCCACCUCCGGUACCAACACACCCACCUCGACUACCGCCCCGUCACCGUUCAAGCACGCCCAAGACUCGGAUACGGACCGGCCGGCGGUGCCAAGGAAGCACGGAGAGUCGUUUGACGCGUCGGUGGAGCAGGAGGGCCAGCUGCAGGACACGCUAGCGCACGACGCGUCGGUCGCGCGCGAGAUGGGUAUGCGGCCUGCGCUCGAGCGCAAGCGGAGCACGUCGGGCACGAGCGUGCGCGAGGGCAACUCGCUGUUCUUCACGGUCAUCUAUCUCGCGCCUGGCGACUACCACCGGUUCCACAGUCCGACGGCGUGGGUGGUUGAGAAGCGGAGACACUUUGUCGGCGAACUGUUCUCGGUCUCUCCGUACAUGGCCAAGCGUCUGCAGAACCUUUUCGUCCUGAACGAGCGCGUCGCGCUCCUCGGCCGCUGGCGAUACGGCUUCUUCGGUAUGGUCCCCGUCGGCGCGACCAACGUCGGUAGCAUCAAGAUCAACUUCGACAAGGCCCUCCGCACGAACGAACGCGGCCGUCCCCCUCCCCCGGGCACGUACACCGAAGCCGUCUACUCCGCCGCCUCGCCGCUCCUCAACGGUCAACCGCUCGCUCCGGCGGAGGAGAUGGGCGGCUUCUGCCUGGGCAGCACGAUCGUGCUCGUCUUCGAGGCGCCCAAGUCGUUCGAGUUCGCCAUCCAGGCGGGGCAGAAGGUCAAGGUCGGCAACCGGCUCGGUGACGUCCCCGGGGCGUUUACGACUGUCGGCAAGGAGAAGACGGAGUAGAGACGGAUCGAGAGGCGGGACGAUAGUCCGAAUCCUUUCCGUCGAAACGAUCUUCUUUGGUUAAGUGAUUUUACGACACAUACCGAUACACUACACCAUACCACCACUACUGACCUUUUCACGGUCCCCGCCUCGCCCUCUCUGUUUACGUAUGAUACGCACGACUGGACAACCUGGCAUCCCCAUACAUCCCGUCUUGGUUAAUGCACCGUUUCUACAGCAUAUCACAUCGUUUUGUCUAUAGCAUUUGCACUCGCCUUUGCAAUCACACACAUGCAUGUCCGA